UUGUCAUUCGUUCAGUUAAUUGUCAGCUACCACUUUGUUUAUUGUAAAUAUUGGAGCUUGUGCUUGCGAUUUAGUUUCAGAUUAAACUACAAUCAAGAAAAAGAGUAUUAUAAACAAAUCUUGGACACAGUCGUUUACUUAAGGUUAUCGUUUUCAAAAUGAUUAUCCCAGUACGUUGUUUUACGUGUGGGAAGGUGAUCGGCAAUAAAUGGGAGGCAUACCUCGGACUGCUACAAGCUGAAUAUACAGAAGGUGACGCACUUGAUGCCCUCGGCUUGAAGAGAUAUUGCUGCAGAAGAAUGCUGUUGGGACAUGUUGAUUUAAUUGAGAAAUUAUUGAAUUACGCUCCUUUGGAAAAAUAAACAUUAAAAUUAAGUUCUUUUUUUACAAGUAUGUUAAGUUUUAAUAAACUU